UUUAUUUGUUCAAUCUUCAAAGGUUUUUUAGAUAUUGCUGAAAAAAAAAAUUUUGACAUAAAAAUAUUUUGAUACUUUUAUUUAAUCGAAUUAGGUAAUCUUAUAUAGAUAAUAGACACGCUCAUACAUUUAAUUUGUGAUACCAUAGUCAGAUUUACUACAAUGGGUGAUUCUCAAGCAUUUGAUAUCAUACUCGUAAUUUUGUGCAUUGCAUGUACUCAUGCUCAGAAACAAACUUUGUCUCCUCCUUACACUUGUACCACAACAACGACUCUAUGUCAACCUGGGGACGAUGGCUAUACACGACCAAAUACCGGUACUCAAGCUUCGCAAGGAAGACCUGGCAAGAGGGGUGCAGCUGGUGAAAAGGGGGAAAGAGGUGAAAAGGGUAAUCCUUGUCAAUGCGAUAUUGCCGACGAAGAUGCGAUGAGAAAUUUGAGAAAAACAAUGAACUUGCAGUUUGAAAAGUUACAAGACCAGCUAAAUCUGAUUACACUUCCUUCAAACUGCGGAGAAUAUCAAAUGCUUUUAAAUAAAGAUGAUGGAAGAUCUGAAGAGUUGACUAAAGUAUAUCCGUUUAAACAUAUUGGAAACCUGACAUAUGUUUUGGUGAACUGUAACUUGUAUCAGGUGGACAGUGAUGGUUGGAUCAUCAUUCAAAAAAGAUACAAUGGGUCCGUCGACUUCUACAAAGAUUGGGAAACUUAUGCAAGAGGAUUUGGAAAAAGAAAUGGAGAGUUUUGGCUCGGUCUGAGGACUUUACAUCAAAUUACCAGUCAUGGAAACUUUCAACUUCGAAUUGAUCUCAACUUUCAAAGUGGUUCCGUAAAAUAUGCUGAAUACAGUUCGUUGGCAGUAGGAAAUGAAAACUCCAAGUUCAAACUGACAGUGUCAGGGUAUUCUGGCGACACUGAUGAUCGAAUGACUCACCAUAGUGGUCACGUUUUCUCAACUUUUGAUAUGGAUAACGAUAAGCACACGACUCUGAAUUGUGCAGUGCAUUUUCAUGGGGCGUGGUGGUAUAAUGCUUGCUAUUAUUCGAAUUUGAAUGGAAGGUACAAUACUGAUUUCGACUGGCCACAUGGUACACAUCUGUCAUCAAGUGAAAUGAAAAUUCGUCUGAUCUAACAUUGCUUCUUGUCAAUAAUAAACAAAUGAAACAAGAUUUGAAUAUGAGUGUUAAUAUAUAUAUAUUGUUCAAGUUCAUAUCUGAAUGACUUCAAAGCACUAUUGGACUAAGACAAGUUUCCUAGAUUUUGGAAGUGUGCGCGUCUCAUCUUGUUUACAAUGAGUGUUUAUGGUAUCGCUACAAAUUCUUUUAAUCGUCUAGGAAGCUCUAUUGAAAUACUUAUAUACAGUGAUUUUUACCAUUCGAAUAGAUUGUUAAGUACAUUGUUAUAAAUACACUGAAUCGAACCGAUCGAAAAUUAAAUAGACGAUAUCAUAUUAUUUGCACGAAGCAAGCAAGCAUUCAGUGGAUAAGCAAUUAGUAAAGUGAUUAUGCCUGGUCGCCAAGUUUAACUUCAAUAAAAAUCUGAUAAAGAAGUAAUAAUUUGAUCCCAUACGGUAAUAUAUUAGGCGAGGUAUAAGAGUGUGUUCGAAUAUCACAGUGGAGAACGAUUUGUACUGAGAGACUGUGUGUAAAGAGUAUGACGACUAACCAGGAUCGAGAAGCGGACCAGGGAUGGAAAGAGGUUAAGGUUAGCAUAUUAAAUAUGACAAGGGCGGGUAGUCGAGGACAAUAGUCAGGCAUACAGUAAGCAAUGAAGGAACGUUUGUAAACAGAAAUCAAGUAACGAGGUAAACAAAUGUGAGGUGAUAAAAGAAAAAUAGCUAGCCUUACGUCAACGAGGGCAGUCAGUAAUGCAAUAGG